AUGACCAAAAUCGAGUCGCUGCUUCACUCGAGUAAUUUGCUGAGCCAAAAGUCGGCAUCAUCAGUCGAGUUAUCGGCUGCUGCUGCCACUGCUCGCGAUCAUUCAUCUCGUCCGAAGCAAGCCAACGGCAUUCCGUCCGCAGCAGUUGCUGCCGGGCUUAGCGCCGUUGUUAAAAAACCCGAUGAGGCGACGACGGCAAAUUCUGCUGUGGCAAAUUCCGCUGAAAAUUCCAAAAUUAAACCGAGCAGUUUCGGGCAACGAAGAUUGUAUUCAAGUAUUGAUAUAUCAGCCGAGAAAUGGUUACUGACACUAGAUGAGAAGUCUUUGGCGAAGCUUGAAAAUCCACCAUCUCUAGCUGAUGGUUUGGAUAGACAAACAGAACAGGAAUUACGUUAUUUGGGUUGUGAAAUUAUACAGUCAGGCGCCAUUAUGCUUCGUUUACCACAGGUGGCUGCCGCAACUGCACAGAUCCUUUAUCAACGUUAUUAUUAUCAGCGAUCGUUUGUUCGACAGAAUUUUGAAACGGCUGUGAUGGCGUGUCUUCUGUUGGCGAGCAAAAUUGAAGAAGCUCCUCGUCGACCGCGCGAUGUCAUCAAUGUUUUUCAUCGUUUGGAGCAUUUGCAUGGAAAGCGAACCGAAUCAAAGAAAUAUGUGCCAAUGACAUUGGAUAAGAACUAUUUGAGUCUUAAGACGUCGGUGAUAAACGCCGAAAGGAAGUUACUGAAUGCGCUCGGCUUUGUCGUGCACGUUCGACAUCCACACAAACUGAUUUACGCGUAUUUACAAGCACUGGGAUGCAUUAAUAAUCAUGAACUAAUGCAGAAAGCGUGGAGUUAUAUGAAUGACGGUCUACGAACGGAUAUUUUUGUACGUUAUCGACCAGAGACAAUCGCAUGCGCUUGUAUUUAUUUGGCAGCGAGAACGAUUUCGAAGCCAAUCGCCCUCCCGCAGCAACCAUUCCCGUGGUUCGAAGCGUUCGAUGCGAGUGAUCGCGACGUCAAAGCGAUAUCGAUGAUUCUACUCAAACUUUAUACCAAAACUCGUGCACCGAAUUGGUUGAGAUUAAAUGAGAUUUUGACGAAGAUUCGUUUCGCACCCGACUCGGUGUUUGCAAAGGUUCGAGCCGCCGAAACGCAGGCACAGGUGGAUCGUGAUCUGGAGAAGAAGAAACGUGAAGUGGCCAGGAAAAUACUGGAGAUGCAACGGAAAGAGAACGGUGCUGCGGGAGGGAGUGCGAAACAACGGAGUAAAGCAUCGCCUGUGCCGGCAGCCACGCGGCAAACGUCUCGUCAGCCAGCCGUUGACCAUCGGAAUUCGAGAGAUCGCGAUGGCGUGGCGGGCACACGUAGGGCUCGUUCAGCAUCAUCGUCACGGUCUCGAUCGAGAUCGAGAUCGCCAAUUGAGCCGAGAAAAUUCCGUUCGUCACCACCGCAAGCAUCUUAUGAACGUCGUCGUAGAGGUGGAACUGCGGCAACAUCGCCGAAAGAUUAUGCGGAUCGGCGGAAUGAUGGCUUGGAGAGAGUGCAUCAGAAACAUCGACAUCACCGAUCGUCGAGACGGGUCAAGGACGAUCGAAGACGAGCCAAAGAGGAGAGACGGGCCGAGAGGGAGCGCAAAAGGAGUAGAAGUCGAGACGAGAGACGAAGGGCGAUCGAGAAGGUUCGAGUUUGGGUUUGGAUUUGGGAGCGAAUGAGUGUGACUCAGCGUGAACGUGAAAAAGAUGUGUAUUUGGCACUGGGCAAACGACGACAACAAAGCGAUUCACCUGAACCGAUUAAAUACAAACGAUAG